AUGGUUACUCCUGCCCUACUGACCGCACAAAGCUGUGUCGACCAUGUCCAUCUCAUUCUUGGAUCUGGUCCACUCGCUGCCUCAAGAUGCGCCAAGUCCCUCGAGGUCGGCGCUCGUCCUAUCGUUGUCGCCCCGAAGACUGAAGAUUUUCGUUUUACCCUCGUCCAAGCAAUUGAAGAUGGACAGGUGCAGUGGAUACAACGGGACUUCGAAGAGCAGGACUUGAAGACACUGGGAAGGGAAGAAGUAGAGGGCUAUGUCGAUGCUGUUUUUGUCACGUUGCCUGCCAAAGAUCCACAAAGCACGCAUGUAUCGACCCUGUGUAGGCGGAUGCGAAUACCAGUCAAUGUGGUCGAUGCUCCUCGACUUUGUACCUUCACUCUCUUAUCUACAUAUUCCGACGGCCCUCUGCAAAUCGGUAUAACCACCUCAGGCAACGGCUGCAAGUUGUCAUCGCGCAUUCGACGUGAAAUCGCAUCGACUCUACCCCCUAAAUUUGGGUUGGCGGUCGAAAGGCUUGGAAUGAUGCGGAGACAGAUAUGGGAGGAAGACUACAAAUCAUCACCUUCCGGAGCGGAGGCCACAGAAGUGGAGGUUGAAGACGAAGAGGCCGCGGCACAAAAACACACAUUCAAUUCUCUGGUCCAGGAGGACGAUGGCGAUCCAGCCGUCCUUCGUACUCGUCGCAUGAGAUGGCUGUCACAAAUUUGCGAGUACUGGCCUCUGAAUCGGCUCGCCGCAAUCACUGAUGCCGAUAUUUCGCCCAUACUCGAAGCAUACAGAUCAACAGCUCUGACACCAGCUCCCGGCUCAGAUUCCAUCUUUUCGCUUCCACCCACACCACCAUCUCACAAAGGUACUAUUACAUUGGCGGGCUCAGGCCCAGGACACCCAUCCCUACUUACGAUUGCCACUCAGACAGCGAUCCAAAAUACUCAUUUCGUCCUGGCCGAUAAACUUGUGCCCGCCGAGAUCCUCGCCCUCAUCCCUCGCAGAACACCUGUUCAUAUCUCUCGAAAGUUCCCGGGCAAUGCAGACGCCGCACAGGAGGAAUUGCUGCAACUAGGACUGGAAGCAGUGAGAGAAGGCAAGGAUGUUCUACGAUUGAAGCAAGGUGAUCCAUACCUGUAUGGCCGGGGAGCUGAAGAAGUCACCUUCUUCCGAGAACGUGGUUUCGAAGUCCGAGUCAUACCGGGAAUCACCAGUGCUCUGUCAGCUCCUCUUUUCGCCGGCAUUCCCAUCACACAUCGUGCGGUAGCAGACCAGGUGGUAAUAUGUACGGGAACUGGGAGGAAAGGAGCUGCGCCGGCUCCUCCAUCUUACAGGAAGACCCAGACAGUGGUGUUUCUGAUGGCUUUGCACAGGCUGGAUAGCUUGGUCAAGAGUCUGACAGAAGUUUCAGAAGAGCCAGGUAUGGAUCCAAAACGUACACUGUGGCCUCUAAGCACGCCCUGUGCGGUGAUUGAGCGAGCCAGUUGCCCCGAUCAGAGAGUGAUUCGGUCAACCCUGGAAUAUGUUUGUCAGGCGGUGGAAGAAGAAGGUUCACGACCUCCCGGGUUGCUUGCGGUGGGAAAUGUUUGUGAAGUGCUACACGAGCCCGAUGAAGGCAAGAGAUGGUCGGUUGAAGAAGGAUUCCGGAACCUCGAUAUGUCUGGACCCCCGGCUUCGGAACUGAAAACGUUAGAGGUUGAAGACACUUCGCCAAUUCACCAUCUUGAUACUCGACCUGGGGGAACCAUUAAAAAGAGAAGUAACGGUUCCAUAAUCGAGACGGGCUUUUCAUAG